AGUCAGGUACAAGUUUAGUUUUACCGUUGAAGUUGAAACUAUAAGGCGACAUGAGAUGAUAGUUUUAUAGAUAAUCUAUUAAGGGAAAAAAACUUAAUCAAAAAGUAAAAGAAGCUUAUAAGUUCUUUACAAAAAUUAGAGAAAAAGAGCUUAAUAGCUUUUCAAAUUGUAAGAGAUGGAUCCAUAAUUCAUGUUUCUAAUUGUAACGUUGUACAAGAGUUGUAAGCUAACCACGCUUGAUAAUGAUCAAUUGUUUCUACAUUAAAAUUUUGAUUAUUUUAUGCUAGCUUGUUUUGAUUUUGGCAACAAAUUCAGUAUUAUAAUAUAAUUCUUGGUGAACAGAUACAAAAAUCAUAACUCUAUCUGAUGAAGAUGUAUACAAAUUAUCCCAUUUUGUCACAAAUCUUUUUGGCGAAUACUAACAAAGUGAUUAGAUGGGUUUCUGUUGACAAAAUUCACGAAUUAGAUAGGUUUUUACUUUUUAGACUAGUUAGGUCGCACUUUCUAAUCACUGAAUGAAACAGAUUUUGCCAUAAAAUAAGAAUUCAUUAAUGAAAAGAUCUUAACUAAAAGUUGGUGUUUCUGUUUCUUAAUCAAGUAGUAGAGUAAUUAACACGCAGCUAUAUGAUAGAAUUCAAAAAUAAUUAUAGGUGGGGGAUCUUUAGUAAUCACCUCGUAUCAAAUACAUCCCGUACCUUUUAUUGUCGAAUCAUUUAAAUGAUCCCAACCUCAAUUACUGAUACAGUCCCAUUCGUUUCCACCAAAAAACAAUUUCUAUAGGUUGGCACAUAAUAAUACAUAAUACUAUCAUUAAUUUGUAUAUAUAUUGCAUUCUGGACCGACACACAUGUAAGUAAAUAGCCUCCCAUUCACCUCCAUCUACUAUGCCCGUAUUAAAUGUUACCAAAGAUCAGACAGAAUUAAUUACUAAAAAAGUUAUAGAAAUAUUCAGACUAUGAAGACAUUAAUGCAAGCUAACACAUUAAAAAGAUGAACUUAGAGCUUCUUCAUCAUCAGUCAGUUAGUUAAGAACCGUUUCUCAUGGUAAAUAAUUUGAUAUUUGUAAUUAAUUUUUUUAAACACAAAAAAAAAACUAGAUUAAUGAUAGUGUGACAAGUAAGCAAACCAGUUAAUCCUUUGAGGAGGAAAAAAGAGAGGAUGAAUGUUUUUGGUCGAAUUAUGUUUUUUACUUAAGUUCUCUACCAGUUCACCUCGCGGUUUAAACGGAAACUGUAACGAAUUAUUGCGCGCCAACAAAACUAACUUAAAUGGGCCUUACUACGGAAUCAUUGGGCCAGGCUUCGUCUCUGACGCUGACUCCACCUAAUGGGCCAGACUUCAUCUCCGAUUGCUUUCGGCGCAGAACUCGGAGAGAGUUAGACAGCUACAAGCUGCAACCACGUCGUGAGGAUUCUUCUUCCUUCUCUAGUGGCUUUUAGUAUUGACACUCAUGUUGAGAUUGCUCAUUCUUUUAAGUCUUAGCGGGCUGUCUACUUUCAAGAAAACAAAUGAUAAUGAGAGAAGCAAAUGUCUGUGUGAAGAGAGGCAAAAAGGCAUGAUGCGAGAAAGAAGAAUCAAUGAAAAUUUAAAUACAACUUUUCCGUUUUUGUUGUUAGAAAAAAAGAGUCUAUCUCCUCUCCCUAGUGUGUUCUUGGUUGAAUCGACUUGCAGCCAUCCCUUUAUAAGCAAUUCACCAGUUCUUCUUAGUGCACCAAAAUGACAUGAAGUAUUAGUAUCAAUGAAGAUGGUGUCCAAAGUCAACAUGCAGAGAAAGUAUUAUAUGUUUUGAUGAUGGUGGAAUAUCUUGUUUCUCUUGUAGUUAGUGACGAAGCAUCCAGUUUCGUGUAAGGUUGUUGUGGAGACAUGGAAUCUCCAUAUAGAAACAGAGUUGACUUUGGUUGGUGGAGUGUCUCUUACUGACCAAACAAAACUAACCGCCAUUGAAAGUGGUGAAUGAUAAAGACACAUUAUCCUUCCUUGUACCAAAUGUUUAAAAUUCCUGAAUUGCCCAUCCACCGAACAUGGAUAGAUGAGCAUCUUUGCGUCAUCCUCACAAAACCUUUGUUGCUUUCCUGCUACCACACGAUUCCUAACUCUCAUCUAACAAUGCCCUUUUAAGAAGAAGAAGAAGAAGAAGAAGCUGAUCAUGGCUUCGGUUUGCGUUAAUGAUGCUUUAACCGACGACGAGCUGAGAUGUGUAUUGUCCAAGCUAGACAGAGACAAGGACAAGGAAGUGUUUAGUCUUGUCUGCAAGAGGUGGCUACACCUGCAGAGCACAGACCGGAAGAAGCUGGCGGCGCGUGCUGGUCCACACUUGCUUGGCCGUCUCGCCUUCAGGUUCACUCAAAUCGUCGAGUUGGACUUCUCUCAGUCAGUCUCCAGGUCGUUUUAUCCAGGUGUCACUGAUUCUGACCUCACUGUCAUAGCUGAGGGGUUCAGGUGCCUCAGAGUACUCAAUCUGCACAACUGUAAAGGUAUUACCGAUACUGGGCUAGCCUCAACUGGAAGGUGUCUUUCUUUACUGCAGUUUCUGGAUGUAUCAUACUGCCGAAAGCUCUCAGACAAAGGACUAUCAGCUGUUGCACAAGGCUGCCAUGACCUAAGGACAUUGCAUCUAGCUGGUUGUCGUCUCAUCACAAAUGAGUCUCUAAAACAACUCUCUAAGUGCUGCCGCGGCUUGGAAGCUCUUGGCCUUCAAGGCUGCACCAACAUCACUGAUUCAGGCCUUGCUGAUCUUGUGAAGGGAUGCAGAAAGAUAAAAACCUUGGAUAUCAAUAAAUGCAGCAAUGUAGGAGAUGCUGGAGUUUCCAGUGUAGCCAAAGCUUGUGCAUAUUCACUCAAGACGCUCAAGUUGCUUGACUGUUACAAAGUUGGGAACGAAUCUAUAUCGUCUCUUGCUCAGUUUUGCAAGAAUCUGGAGACUCUGAUCAUCGGUGGAUGCAGAGACAUCUCUGAUGAAUCUAUCAUGAUACUUGCACAUUCUUGUAGAGACAGCCUCAAGAACCUGAGGAUGGAUUGGUGCUUGAACAUAUCUGACUCUUCCCUUACUUGUAUUCUGAAGCAGUGCAAGAACUUGGAGGCUCUUGAUAUUGGUUGCUGUGAAGAGGUUACAGACAAUGCUUUUCUGGAUUUGGGGAGGGGUGAUGUUUUGGGAUUGAAGGUUUUGAAGGUGAGUAACUGUCCCAGGAUCACAGUGAAAGGGAUAGGCAAGGUUUUGGAGAAAUGUAAGUCCCUGGAGUACAUAGAUGUAAGGUCUCUUCCUCAUGUGACAGAGGUAAGAUGUACUGAGGCUGGCCUAGAGUUCCCUAAAUGUUGUAAAGUUAACUUCUCUGGAAGUUUAACUGAACCAGAUGUUCUGUUGGGAUACUCUGGUCUGCCCUAAACCCUUUGUAAUCUCUCUUUAUAUAUCUCUCUGUGUAUGAAUGUGAUCAUGGCUUAUGGUCCAUCAAUGAGUACAUUUUUGUGCAUUGUAUAUUUGGUUGUGUUGGCUUCUUUAUUAUUCUUCAGUUGCUUUGUAAA